GAAAUGUGCUUAUUUAUACUACGACAAUAGAGAGACUUGUUGGAAGACUAACCAAACUGAAGACCAGUUAAUGUUUUUUAUGAGACAAGAAGACGAACAAGCAGUAAACAUUCUUGCAUAAUAUUCCAGUACAGUAUAUUAUGUAUCAGUGGCGUGUCCAAUGGGUUUGAAGUUUAUGAGGCUCUAGUAGGCAAAAUAUAAAGGACUCAUCUCACAGAUUAAAUUAAAUGUGUGAAAAUAUUAGCUACAGUAUGUCAGAACAAAAAGUCAAUUUGCAUGAGGCACUGAAUCAUGGAAUUAAAGUUGAACCAGGCCAAUGCUGUGUUUUUGAUAACCAUGAAGAAAGUUUUUUAAAUUGUUUGCCAACAAUUCCAUCAAUGUUAAAACCUGCGAGGUCACAAAAAGAAAUUGAAAAUAAUGAUAAAUUUAUGAAAUAUGAAGAUAACUGCAGAAAUAUAUUCAGUGUAGAACAACAUCAAUUUGAUAGUUUAAAGGAACACUUAAAAAUAAACAAUGAACAUUUGGAAUAUAAAUGUGAACAUUUUAGAGAAACCCAUUUAGGAAUAAAAAUAGAGGAAGCGCAAUGUCGAUAUUGUGCAAAGGAAUUUGAUGGCAGAUGUAACUUAGAAAAACAUUUGAGAAUACAAACAGGGAAGAUGUCCAAUGAAUGUUGGAAUUUGAACACACACUCAUGGAAACUUACAGAAAGGACAGCAUAUGAAUGUGAACAUUGUGAAAUGAAGAUCAACCAAGGCAAGAUUUUGAAGAUACAAUUAACAAAACAUAAAGGACUAGUAGCAUAUGAAUGUGAACAAUGUGGACAAACAUUUACGCACCAUAACAGUUUGAAAACACACUUAAGGACACAUACUGGAGAGAAGCCAUAUGAAUGUGAAUAUUGUGGUAAAAGAUUUAAUGAAAAUAGCAAUUUGAAAACACAUUUAAGGAUACACACUGGAGAAAGACCAUUUGAAUGUGAAUAUUGUGGAAAGAGAUUUAAUGGAAAUGGCAAUUUGAAAUCGCAUUUAAGGAUACAUACAGGACAAAGACCGUAUGAUUGCGGACAUUGUGGGGAGAAGUUUAUUAACAGUAGAACUUUCAAAGGACAUUUAAGGAUACACACAGGAGAAAGGCCAUUUGAAUGUGAUCAUUGUGGAAAGAAAUUUAGACUUAACAACACUUUUAGACAACAUUUAAAGAUGCACACAGGUGAAAAACCUCAUGCCUGUGAACAUUGUGGAAAGAAAUUUUUUCUAAGGGGCACUUUGAAAGAUCACUUAAGGAUACACACAGGAGAGAGACCAUUUGAAUGUGAAUGUUGUGGAAAGAGAUUUAAUAACAAUAGCAAUUUGAAAUCACAUUUUAGGAUACAUACAGGAGAAAGACCGUAUGAUUGCGGACAUUGUGGUGAGAAGUUUAUCACCAGUAGCACUUUGAAAGCACAUAUAAGGAUACACACAGGAGAAAGGCCAUAUGAAUGUGAACAUUGUGGAAAGAAAUUUAGACUUAACAGCACUUUUAAACAACAUUUACAGAUGCACACAGGUGAAAAACCUCAUGCAUGUGAACAUUGUGGAAAGAAAUUUUUUCAAAGGGGCGUUUUGAAAGAUCACUUAAGGAUACACACAGGAGAGAGACCAUUUGAAUGUGAACAUUGUGGGAAGAAAUUUGCAAACAGGAACACUUUGAAAAUACACUUAAUGACACAUACUGAAGAGAAGCCAUAUGAAUGUGAAUAUUGUCGAAAACGAUUUAAACACACUGGCAGCUUUAAUGCGCAUUUAAGGAUACACACAGGAGAAAGACCAUUUGAAUGUAAAAAAUGUGGAAAGAAAUUUUCACUCAAGAACACUUUGAGAAAACACUUAAUGACACAUACUGGAGAGAAGCCAUUUGAAUGUGAAUAUUGUGGAAAGAGAUUUACUCAACAAAGCGGUUGGAAAUCGCAUUUAUGGACACAUACAAACGAGAAACCAUAUAUAUGUGAACAUUGUGGAGAGAAGUAUAUUACAAGUUUCAAUUUGAAAGAACAUUUAAGGAUACACACUGGAGAAAGACCAUUUGAAUGUGAUCAAUGUGGAAAGAAAUUUAGAAUUAAAAACAGUUUAAGACAACAUUUAAAGAUACACACAGGUGAGAAACCACAUUCAUGUGAACAUUGUGGAAAGAAGUUUAUUCGAAAGGACGAUUUGAAAAUUCAUUUAAGGAUUCACACAGGAGAGAAACCAUUUGAAUGUGAACAUUGUGGAAAGAAAUUUUCAGACAGGAGUAGUAUGAGACAACAUGUAACCAGACAUACAGACGUUUCUAGUGAAUGUAAACAGUGUGGAAAGACAUUUAUACAAAAACAGUCUUACUUAAGGCAUAUGAAGGUACAUGCAGGUGACUUACCAUAUGAAUGUAAACAUUGUGGAAAGAAGUUUCUUUACAAUAGCCGUUUGAAAGUACAUUUAAGAGUCCACACAGGUGAGACUCCAUAUGAAUGUAAACCAUGUGGACAGAGAUUUAAAUACAAUCUCGGCUUGAAAAGACAUUUUGAAUUGUGGCACACAUAAACACUAGCAAUUUCCUGUAUCUGAAACUGGGUUGUACCCCCUUCUUGAAAGAAAGUAGACUCAGUUUGAUUUUGGUUGUACAUGUAUAACCAUAGAAAACAUGAUUAAUUUUGUUGUAUGAGAAACCAAUGUUGGAAGAGACUUCAUAUUGAAGAGAGUAGAAAGGAAUAAUAAUAUUCAAAGUAAAAUUACCUAGUCAUAUAUAAAAUACAUGUACGUGCUGAGCAUGAUUAUUGUUGUUGGAAGUGACUUCGGUUGUCUACUCCACAAAAUAUGCUGAAUAAUGAUGUUAAGAGAAACCUACCUGUAUAUUGAAAAAAAGAUAGAAAGUAAUAAUAAACAAUAUGUAGAAUGCCCUGUAGUCAAAUACUACAUCUGACAUGUACCAGCUCACCGUGGAAAUUGUGGAUGUGACACCAUAUUAAGUUAAGGUACAGUUGUAAAUUGGAUGUACAAUUGAAUAACACUUGUACUGUAUAUAUUAUGAUCUAAUGAUCAUCUAAUAAUCUGCUGGUUUUGAGAUGUGCUAAAACUAUAUUUUGGUAGUAUUAAUUUGGUUUGUAUUUCCAUACCAUGUUUUUAAAAUCUCUUCUUUUUAGUAAAAUUCACACCUGUCUACACAUGUUCUUUCUUUAUUAAUAAUCAUUGGGUUCAUUAAAAUGGGAUUUUUAAUGAGUAAGUAAAUGAAAGAUAAAGGUAAAAUUUAAUACACAAGAUAUUCCUUUAUGAAUGAUAAUGGUACAAUUAUUUCUCCCAUGUGAAAUGUAAUACAAUGCACAACUGUCAAUUUUGAAGGAGUUACAUGUUCAGGAAUGUUAAGUGUUUUACAUGUUUUCAAUAUUUGUUAUUUUUUAAAAUUUGAUUCCUUCAUAUAUAUUUCACUGUUAUUUUGUUAUAAUCCACACUAAUUAAAUACAUUGUUGAAAUAAAAAGGUAUUUUGAAA